GAGUCUUGGGCCGCCGCGCUCUUCGACUACGGCAAGUACGAGGUGCUGCGGUUCCUGCUCUCCAACCUCCGUUGGUGGAUUGAGGAGUACGGCAUCGAUGGCUUCUGCUUCGCAGGCAUCACGAGCAUGCUGUACCACUCCCACGGAAUCGGCAAGUCCUUUGCCAACUCCAAAGAGCACUUCGGCUGGGACGCGGACCUCGAGCUUCCAACUCAGUUCGAGCUCAGUUCGCUGCUGUCUGCUGCUCCGCACGACGGGACGGGACGGGGGGAGUCUGCGUCUGCUGAAAUUCAGCGCCUCAGAGCUCCGCUCCCGGCCGCAGCGGCGCGCGGGCUCUCUCUUUCCUCGCGCGGUGAGCCUCGAAGUGCGCUGUCGUUGUUGUGUGUGUUGUGUGCUUGCACGCAAGGUGUUCCCUUCGGCACAGGUGUUGUUAUGUGGCGAGAAUUGAGCGUUGCGCUGGCAUCUGAAGAUACGUAUGCAAAUAUGGCUGUGCUGAGGUCCGCCACGUAUCUGAUGCUGGCGAACCACCUGGUGCAUCGCCUGCUGCCCUCCUCUGGCAUCACCUUGGCGGAGGACUGGCGCCGGGGGGGGCCCCGCGGGGGGGCCCAGCCGCAGCUGUGGCGGCCAGGACUUCUCGAGCCAUCCCGUGCUCUGCCGCAGCGUGGAAGACGGGGGCUUCGGCUUUGGGCCUCAGCAGACUCAGCCGAAGAAAGGGCCGAGCCCAAGUUGCCCAGGCUUCAGCGGCCGGCUGGUGCCCUCCAGCCCGGAGCCAAGAGGGCGUGGGCGCGGCGCGUGCAGAAAAACCCUUUCCAAGUUGGUUUGCAGGCGCCCAGCUCUUCCGGCAGCUGCUCCAGGACCGCGGAAAGCGACGGCUGCGCGCGCGUGUGCCGUGUGUGCCGUGUGUGCCGUGUGUGCCGUGUGUGCCGUGAGCCCCCGGCCCCCUUUGCUCAGGAGCCCGAGGAGGCCUGGAACGUGACGGACCUGGUGAGGACGCUCUGGCGCCCUCCCAAGCUUUCACUUCGCUCUGCCGUGGCUUUGAGUUUUGUCCUGUCCUAA